AGAUGAGACUCAAGAAAGCAUUCUCAUUAAGCCUUCGGGUCCUAAAAUCAACACAGAGGGACGGAAGAACAUCAUUAAUGUGUCGAGGGAUGACCUUCUAUCUGGAGCCAAGCGUGGAUUUCAAAGGGCAUCCUUUAAAGAAGAAAGUCAGCUCAGUGUUAGAUUUUCGGGCGAGAAUGGGAUUGACGAUGGGGGGCCGUCCAGGGAAAUCAUGAGACUUGCUCUUCGAGAGCUCCGGGACUCCUGUAUUUUCACAGGUCCACCUGACAGUCGGAACAUCCAGGUUGAUGUUGCAGCCGAGGAGAAAGGCAGGAUAUUUUAUGGCAGGACGUAUCAUUGCUUACAUCCUUAUCCAUGGCGGACCACUCCCUCGCUUCUUUUCUCCAUAGACUUAUUCCAUGUUAAUUGGAACACCAACAGUAUAGCGGAUGCCACGGAUGAAGCAGGAUUUUUGGAGGCGUUGGUAUGUGUGCAGGACAUAGUGGAUUUCAUAGGUGCCCUGUCCUUGUCAAGAUAUGUAAAACAGAAGGAACUUGUGCAGGCAUUGACAACGCAUAUCGUUGUAAAGAGAAAACGGGACGUGAUUGAACAGUUCAAGGAUGGACUUCGCACCCUUGAUGUACUUAACCAGAUGGAAAAGUACCCAAGAACAAUGAAAGGUUUCUUCACUGCAACAGACAGACCUGAAGUUGAUGCAGUGCAAGUGGACAGUCUGUUUACUGUCAUCUUCAGUGAACCUGGCAGCAAUCAUUUCCAACAGGAAUUGAAAACACAGGUUCACUGGAGAGAUUUUCUGCAAGAUUUAGAAGAAACUCAGUCACUGGGAAAACUCCUAGCGUUUGUGACUGGUCUGGACGAAGUCCCACCCUUGGGCUUCUGGCCCCAACUGAGACUGGAGUUCUCCCAUCCAGGGAUCGACUCCUACGACGGCACACCAUAUGCCAACACAUGUGCCAAUUCACUGAGGGUCCCAGUGCUUCAAGUAUACCAGUCCUUCAAGGAAGUGAUGAUGCUUUCCUUGGAAGUUGGAACUGUCUUCACGAACGCAUAAUUUGUGAGAGAGAAAACUCUUAGUUAAGAUUAUUAUUUGGUUACAUUAAUCAUAAGAAUAUUCUUAAAUCAUGAAAAGAUUUCUUUGUAACAGGCCAAAGUAUACCCUAGACCAAACUAUGCCCAGGGUUAAAACGGCCUAGGCUAGAAUGUACCCUGGGUAUAUUAUGUCCUAGGCCAAUUUAUACUCCGGGGACCAAUUCAUACCUCACAGGACAGAUUAUACCCCCCAGUAUAGCCCAGCUAAGAUAUACCUGGGUUAAGGUGACCUGACCUUGGCCUGACUCCCAUCCACUUUUCCCAGGUCAGAAGAUUAUACCCCUAUGAUGUCAGAAGUGUUUAUUAUACAGACUUUUAUUACUUCAACCAGGGAA